GAAACACUCAACGCAUCACCUCACCUCACCUCACCUCACCUCACCUCACUUCCCUCAUCAUAACCUCCUCGUUCCCAUCCUCAUCCCUCAAGAAAUGCCACAGUCUCAAAACUCAAUCGACCUCGAACUCAACCGCCUCAACUCCCCCUUCUCAGACUCCUCCUCCGACCCGGAUCUUCCGCUCACCAUGGAUCCACCCGCGCCUAAACCGCGCUGGCUCGAUCCUCGCCCAUCCAGCAUCUUCACACGCAUCACAUCCUCUGUAAAACCGUUUGCGCAAUAUCUUAGACAUGUUCUCCGUCCGAGAUUGACGUGGCGAUAUGUCGCGUGCUCUGUUAUCGGCGUUUACGUGCUUUAUUGCUUUGUUACAUGGCAGCCGUUCUUCUCGUCACGAUUACCGGCUUAUUCGGGACCGCAUGACGUAGGGGCUAUUGAUCUGGAGAUUCCACUUGAGAAACCGAAGCGUUUGUCUGAGACGCUUUUGAAGAGUACGAAAAAGCCGGCGUUUGAGGUUGAGAGUGUGUUGUUUACGGUGUAUUAUCCUGCUGUUAAGGGCGCCAGAUCAAAGGGUGCGCCGCAUCCUUGGGUGCCGAAACCACUGAGCCUUACAGCGGAGGGAUAUGCGCGCGCAGCGGGAGUGAACAACUUCAUCAUCCGACCCAUCUUCACAUUUGCGCUCUGGGUUCUCGUGGGCAGUAUCAAGAUCCCCGCCAAAGUCGACGUACCACUCUUGGGCUCCGACGGGGAGAAGUUUCCCGUCAUGGUGUUUUCGCACGGAUCUGUGAGUUCGAGAACGGAUUACACGCACUAUCUCGGUGAACUCGCCAGUCGGGGCCACGUCAUCGCUGCCCUUGAACAUCGCGAUGGAAGCUGUCCCGGUAGUAUGGUCCAGAUCAAGAAUAAGAAGGACAGACCUGUGUUUCUCUUGAAGGAGGGCGAUCUCAUUUCCGAGCCGCCUAUGAACGAUACGUUGCUCAAGAAGGAGCAGCUUGCGUUUCGCACGGAGGAGAUCAUGCAGGCUAUUCGGGUUCUGAAGGAUGUCAAUGACGGCAAGGGCAAGGAUAUCUUCACAUCUAGCUCCCGAGGCGAAGGCAGUACAUUGGAUGGAUGGAAGGAUCGCUUGGACUUUAAGCACCUCACCAUCAACGGCCACUCCUACGGCGCGACAGGCGCUCUCCAAGCCCUCAAAACAGCCAACACCACCGCUGCAAAUCCCGCCAUCGGCGGUAUUGCUCUCGACCCCGGCAAGUCUAGCGGUCAACUCAACACCAACAUUCCCGUGCCUCUCCUCGUCGUGCACUCCAACUCCUGGUCCAAAACCCACAGUAUCUUCUUUGGCCGCCCUCACUUCGAUACAGUUCUCGACCUCGUACGCGGCGUGCGCGACAAAGUCGGUUCGGCAUGGUUUCUCACGAGCGUUGGAACGGCGCAUCCCAGUGUAACCGAUGCACCCCUCCUGCAGCCAUUGCUGCUCAACUUUGCGACUGGCGCUACGGCUGAUGUGAAGAAGGCGCUGGGGGAGUAUGUUAAAGUGACGAUGGACUUCUUGGAGUUUACAAAGACGAACAAGGAGAAUGGGGUGCUGGAUGAGGCGGUUACGCAUGAGAAGUAUGGGGAGUGGGUUAGUAAGGAGAGGGAGAAGAGUUUUCCCAAGGAGUAUGCCAAGUAUUGGGAGGUUCACGUCUGUCCGCUCGAUCAGGAUAAGUAGACACUAAUAGUAAUAAUGCACGUUCUCUUUCAUCUCCA